AUGACGAUAAAACAGAGAAAAUAUACGCUCUGUGAAUGGGCCCUUGGAGUCAGCGUAGAAGAGUAUUGCGACUCGGCCAAGCGGCGUCCCCGCAAGGAAUCGCGUGGCAGGCCGCGGAUCAGCGUCGAGAUCUCGACUGAUGAAGAAUCCGAGGAGGAAACUGUCAAGAUCACUUAUCCUAGUUCUGGUUGCAGAAAACUUGGUGCUCAACCUUCUAAAAUCAAGAAAGUCCGCUUCCAGAAGGCAACACCCAAGCCCGCUUUGAGAUCUUCCAGUAUCGGAACCAACUCAUCAGGUGAUUCAAAGCCCGAUCCGGACUGCAAGUGUCGGGACUGUACGAUAGGACGCAGAAAACUAAGGAAGACAGGGAAAGGCAAUAAAGAAAACGAUGUUGAGACAGAGAUUUCUCAAGCCGAGGAAGAAUCACACGGGAGGGAAGGCGACAGGGUCAGGCCGAAAGGGGAAAAGAAGAGCAGGGAGACGAAGGAGAAAAAAAAGGCAACAGUUGUUUCAUCAGAAGGAGACACCGAAAUUGAGACGACCGAGACCGAUACUGAGAGCGAGGAUGAGACGCCGCCAUCGCCGAAGGACAAGAAGCAAAAGAAUUCGAAAAACACCAAGCAAAAUGCGAGGAAGUCCAGAGAGACCCCAGCCCCUGUAGGCAUAGAGUCGAACAAUGUUGGCCCAACAAAGAAAAAGGCAGGAAAAAGCGGUUCGACCAAGGGAGAGAUUAAUAAGAGCAAGGGGCCUGAAAAAGUGCGUCCUGAAGCCACUCUUUCUCCCCAUCUACGUCGUCCGAAUCUCAUAAUGCCUGUUCGAGCUGAGGUUCUCCAGGUCGAGCAUACCAUCGAAGGAGCCGAGGACCCUCGACCCAAUGCUUUUCAUGAUCCGCAGCACGGUGUUGUCCGGGUCUAUCAUGGCCCAGCUUACGGUAAUCCGUACGGGCUUCUGUACCCCGUUCGCGAUUCAUCCAGGGCUACUUUACCAAUUGGUGUACCUCACCCGUUGCAGAAUCCUUACUUCCUCGGAUUCGCCAAACCUGAAAACCCUGGAGACAACCAUUUCAGAGGACGCUCACCCUGGGCUGCUGUGCCAGUCACUUACAAGCCUGGAUUUCCUCCAACAGUCGCGCCAAUAGAUCCAACUGAGGUGCCGAGACGAGCAUACUGGACUGCGGUUUCACCAAACAAAUCUAUCCCAGUAGAGGAGCCUCAGAAGCCUGUAAUGUCAGGGGCCAACCAAGAUGACAGCACGUCAACCGCCGCGAAGAACAAGGAGAAGGGGUGGGAUACGAACGUUGGUCCUGAAAGCAGAAAAAUACCUACUCCUACCAACAGCGUCAAAACUAAGCCACUCAACAGCAAUGUGGCUCCAAAUUCUCCUAUUAAUAUCAACUUGACCGUCAAUCCGGAUACUCCUUGGGCUGCAUUUGCAAACACCCUAAGCAAAGCGCCUGACACACACAAAACCAAGUCGCAAUCUGGAGGCAGAGAUGGAUCCAACAAUGGAAGCAAGAAAUCUUGGGGAUCUAAGAAGGCUACUGCUGAAUGGCAGCCUCUCCCAAGCGGAGAGCAUCCAGACCUUGAGUGGGGCAUGCCUCCCAAGAGUCUGUCGGCCAAUGAUUCAGGCUGGGGACAGGCUGGGGAUGGUAACAAUGACACUUGGGGUGUAAACGGUGGCUCUGGAAGCAACCACGGAAGAGAUAAAAACAAUAAUGAUUGGAGCUUUUCCGCCAAUGGUUAUAACAAUGGCGGUCUCGGUUGUUCGGGCAAUGCCCAGAACAGCGGUAAUCAAGAUGUGUCUGGUGGCGACAAUGUUUGGGCAACGGCGGCCAACGGCAAUACUUGGGAUGGCUCUGGCAAUGACAGCAACCAAAUGUUGGGCAACGAUGAUUGGGUAACCUCCACCAAGAAUGCGUCGGACCCGUGGGCCAAUAUCAGAUGCAACUACAACAAUGGGGCAACGACUUCUAAUUACGCCAGAUCAAAUGAGUCGAACAGAAGCCACAAUAGCGGAAGAGACAAUCGUAGCGCCAGCGGCCAAACGAAACCCGACAGUGACUGGUAUGGCCGGAGUAACAACGUUGGCGUUCCAGCAGUCGCUAGUGGUUCAAACAGAUCUCGUCAGUCACAGAAAAGCCAAGCUGCGCCUAUCAACGGGGGUUGGGAUGGAAAUGUCGGCCCCAUGGUCAACAUUCCCACUGACACUUCGUCCAAGAAGAGUAACGAAUCGAGAAGGAGUUCAAAGAAGGGAUCGGUAAACGGUGACCCCUGGAACACCAAAGGUGGCGAUACAUCGACUUGGAUCACUGACAACAAUGCUGGACCGACAACCAACAGCCCUAACGCAUCCCAGAUUUCGAAGAAGAACGAGACAAUCGAAAACACAUGGCCGGCAGGCGAUGGCGCCGGAUGGGGGCCCAACGCUAGCGGCGGCCAUAACCCUACCGGCACCGAGGUGAGCAAGGGAUCGGGUAGCAACAAGAGCAUGCCGGGUGCCUGGGACAACAACCUCCCAUGGGGUGAUACUAGCUUGGCGCAGUCGACUGGUGGAUUGGCGGACACCUGGUAG